AAUAUCAGGUCUGUGUCAGUGGGUGAAGUAUUCGCUGUAAACACGUGUACAGCUCCUGAAAGGGGACUCGGUUACUCGAUUUAACCCAAAAACAUAGUCCGAUUUUUCGAAUGUCUGCCGGAUGACCAAAAAGGAUAUGUAGGCGGGCAGUACAGCGUUGAUAAGCAAAGGUGCAUCCUAUUUGGCUACAAUAGAAAAAAGUGGGACAGCUAAAAUCAGGCACCAAGGCAACAAGCCUUAAGUUUCGCAGCCACAACCAACAAGGGGAAACUACGAAAAGAAGGCGGGCGGAGCCAUUGAUGUAGUGCUAUGGGGGCCAACACAUCGAGCAGAUCCGACGCGAGUCUGCUCGGCAAUGAUGAAGUCAAUUUCGAUCACUUCCAAAUUCUUCGUGCCAUAGGCAAGGGCAGUUUCGGCAAGGUUUGCAUUGUCCAGAAACGCGACAACGGCAUCCUGUACGCCAUGAAGUAUGUGAGUCGGUCGGCAUGCGAGCUACGAGGCGCUCUGGGUGGUGUCAUUAAGGAGGUGGAACUGCUAUCCUCACUAGAGCAUCCAUUUCUUGUCAAUUUGUGGUUUUCAUUUCAAGACGAAGAGGAUUUAUUCAUGGUCUGCGACCUGUUGACUGGCGGCGAUUUGAGAUAUCACUUACAGAACCGAGUGGAGUUCUCCGAACAGAGUGUGGCCUUAUUAGUGUGCGAGCUUGGCAGUGCGCUGGAGUACCUGCAAACGCAACGAGUUGUCCACAGGGACAUCAAGCCUGAUAAUAUUCUAUUGGAUGAUGCCGGACACGCCCAUUUGACUGAUUUUAAUAUUGCCACAAGGUUGCAAAAGGAUGCUCUGGCUUGCAGCAUGUCAGGAACGAAGCCAUAUAUGGCGCCCGAGGUGUUCCUCUGCGCCCUGGACGAAGUGGCAGGAUACAGUUAUCCGGUUGACUGGUGGUCCCUGGGCGUGGUGGCCUACGAGAUGCGGGCCAACACCCGCCCAUUUGUAGUGCACUCGAACACGCCGCUGGCAGAAAUCAAGAAUAUUCUGAACACUCCAGUGCACUAUCCUCGUUACUGGACCAGCAAUUUUGUCGAUUUGCUGCAGAAACUGCUCUCCCCCUAUCCUGGGGCCAGGAUAAGCACGCAGCAGGAGCUGCAUCAGACGCCACUUCUGAGGAAUAUUGACUUUCAACAAGUCCUCGAUAAGAAGACGAAACCCAUUUUCAAGCCCCCCGAAGACCAUUUGAACUGUGAUCCCUGUCUGGAGCUGGAGGAGAUGAUUGUGGAGACACGACCUCUUCACAAAAAGAAGAAGCGUUUGGCAAAGCAGCGUUCCGCGCAACGUGACAGUGAUCCGGAGACAGCUCUCGUCAAGGAGUUCAUCGUCUACAACCGCUACAAGGAGCUGAAGCGGAAGGCCAUGGAGCAGAAGGAGAACGACUGGCAGCGCGAGCUGGAGUUUGCGAUGGCCAACUCCAUAGUCAAUAGUCUGGCACCCAUCCAGGAGAAGCCCAAUCCUAGCAUCGUGCAAGCUGCUGACGGCGCGGCAUCAUCCUCGACAGGGGCAAAGGGAGCGGCCUGUAAGGAUAGCGAAAGCAUCGAAUUCAUAGACCGGACUCCGUCUCCCCAGACCACCACUACAGUGCCUGACCCGGCACUGAACCCACAGAAGGGAGGCUGCACAACGUCGGACAAGGCAACGAGCCCCCAGUAAUGCAGAAACUCCAUGAUCGUUAUAGGUUUCAAAGCAAAAAGCACAAACAAUUAACGCCCACGCACCCAGCGAUAACAUGAUACGAUAUCCAAUCCAUCCCACCCCCCCACAGAAGUACCAGAACCUAUUUUUCGAACUCUGCUGAAUUUCAUUAUUGUAUAUGUAUAUAAAUGAUAUAUAAAGAAAUUUGAUAUCCCUUAGGGUAUUUCACAGGCCUGCAUAGGUUUUAAGAUCCUUUGUACAUAUAAAUAAAUAGAUUUUAAACAAAAAAAUCAAAAUAAACUAAGCAUAGCACUGCACAAACUUUUUCGAUUUUUUUUAGUUUUUAUUUCAAGUUAUAUUUCAUUCAUGUUUCACAUUUUUUUUGUAUAAAAAAGAGUAAAUAAUAUGUUCUGCAUUGUAUAAUUGCUGUUUCACGUUUCUGUUGAUCUCUUGUUAAAAUUUAUAAUUAGGGGUAUUGGUGUUUCGUUAAUGUGAAGACACUAACCAAAAUUACAAUAUUUUUUUUUCUUUUUUUGAAUUAUUUUCGCAGCAAAAAUGCAACAUUUUAAUAGUUUUUUUUUUUGUGUGUUUCAUUCAAUUUUUCGUUUACGAUUUUUCGUUUUAUUUGGGUUUUUGCGAUUAAUAUUACAAAUAUUAAGAAUAUUUUAUCUUCACCCGUAGUGGCCCCACUCGAAAAGCAGCUCAACUGCAUAAUUGAGAUGGGUCGCUAAGUCGCUAAGAUAUUAAUUGCAGAAGGGGCGAGAAAAACGAAAUGAGAAAUUGAUAGGAAAGGGUCAUCAUUAACUUUAGACUGUGGGCUGCCACAGGAACAAGUUAGUAAACGUUUAUAUAUUAUAGAAAUUUAGUUCCACUUCUGUGUGUGGAACGAGUAUUUCUGCAAUGAUUGUAACUAAUUUAAAUUUCAGUUAAGUUGCUCAACGAAUUUUCGUUUUGUUUUUUUCUUAGGCAAAAACAAAUGCAAUUGUUUAAAAAAAGCGUCAAUGGUUUGAGUUAGAAAAUGUUGCUUUUGCUCUUGUUAGAAUAAUGAAGGAGAAGAAACUACAAGCUGCAAAAUAUGAUCUUCAGUGUAUGCCUGUGUAGCUGAAUGUUUGUAUGUGUUUGUGUAUGUGUGUCUAUGGUUGUGUGUU